CUAAGAUGGCAACUGUGGGACCGGAAACCACCCCUAGUCUUAAUCCCCCGCCUACAGAAGAAGAGAAAACAGAAUCUAAUCAGGAGGUUGCUAACCCAGAACACUAUAUUAAACAUCCUUUACAGAACAGAUGGGCACUCUGGUUUUUUAAAAAUGAUAAAAGUAAAACUUGGCAAGCAAACCUUCGGCUGAUCUCUAAGUUUGAUACUGUUGAAGACUUUUGGGCUCUGUACAACCACAUCCAGUUGUCUAGUAAUUUAAUGCCAGGCUGUGACUACUCACUUUUUAAGGAUGGUAUUGAGCCUAUGUGGGAAGAUGAGAAAAACAAACGAGAAGGACGAUGGCUAAUUACAUUGAACAAGCAGCAGAGACGAAGUGACCUGGAUCGCUUUUGGCUAGAGACACUGCUGUGCCUUAUUGAAGAAUCUUUUGAUGACUACAGUGAUGAUGUAUGUGGAGCUGUUGUUAAUGUUAGAACUAAAGGUGAUAAGAUAGCAAUAUGGACUACUGAAUGUGAAAACAGAGAGGCUGUUACACAUAUAGGGAGGGUAUACAAGGAAAGGUUAGGACUUCCUCCAAAGAUAGUGAUUGGUUAUCAGUCCCAUGCAGACACAGCUACUAAGAGCGGCUCCACAACUAAAAAUAGGUUUGUUGUUUAAGAAGACACCUUCUGAGUAUUCUCAUAGGAGACUGCGUCAAGCAAUCGAGAUUUGGGAGCUGAACCAAAAGCCUCUUCAAAAGCAGAGUGGACUGCAUUUAAAUUUGACUUCCAUCUGAAUGUUGCUAAGAUAUAAGAGAAGUCUCAUUCGC